GGAUCGAUCCUCCAUAAACCCUAAACCCUAAUUUUUUUGCUACCUUCUCUGUCUCUCUUUCUCCUCUGCUUCAUCAAUGGCAAUGGGGGAGUUGAAAAUCUCAGAGAUGCGUGACCUAACCCGUAUAGAACGCAUAGGGGCACACUCUCAUAUCAGAGGUCUUGGCCUUGAUUCUUCACUCGAACCUCGAUUAAGCUCUGAAGGUAUGGUAGGUCAAAUUCCAGCUCGAAAAGCUGCCGGAAUCAUUGUUAAAAUGGUUCAACAAGGUAAAAUUGCGGGUCGUGCACUGCUCCUUGCGGGUCAACCCGGAACUGGGAAGACAGCCAUAGCUAUGGGUAUGGCUAAAUCGUUAGGGCAAGAAACCCCUUUUGCUAUGCUUGCUGGUAGCGAACUUUAUUCACUUGAUAUGUCGAAAACUGAAGCGUUAAUGCAGGCUUUUCGUAAAGCAAUUGGUGUGAGAAUUAAAGAAGAAGCUGAAGUUAUUGAAGGUGAAGUUGUGGAAGUACAUAUUGAUAGGCCGGCGGUGGCUGGAGCUGCGUCGAAAACAGGGAAACUGACGUUGAAGACUACUGAUAUGGAGACGGUUUAUGAUUUGGGGGCGAAGAUGAUUGAGGCUUUAGGGAAAGAGAAAGUACAGAGUGGGGAUGUUAUUGCUAUUGACAAGGCUUCUGGGAAGAUUACGAAGUUGGGGAGGUCGUUUUCAAGGUCGAGGGAUUAUGAUGCUAUGGGACCUCAGACUAAGUUUGUACAAUGUCCUGAAGGGGAGCUGCAGAAGCGCAAGGAGAUUGUUCAUUGCGUUACCCUUCACGAAAUCGAUGUCAUAAAUAGCAGAACACAGGGAUUUUUAGCACUAUUUACGGGUGAUACUGGUGAGAUUCGUGCUGAAGUGAGAGAACAAAUAGAUACCAAGGUUGCUGAGUGGAGGGAGGAAGGGAAGGCAGAGAUUGUGCCCGGUGUCCUCUUCAUUGACGAAGUACAUAUGCUUGACAUUGAGUGUUUCUCUUUCCUAAACCGAGCUCUGGAGAAUGACAUGGCACCUAUAUUGGUUGUUGCUACAAAUAGAGGCAUUACUACAAUCCGGGGAACAAACUACAGAUCCCCACACGGGAUUCCGAUUGACUUUCUUGAUCGCCUGCUCAUCAUCUCUACACAACCUUACAAAGAGGAAGAAAUUCGCAAAAUCCUGGACAUCAGAUGCCAAGAGGAGGAUGUAGAAAUGUCUGAGGAUGCAAAAGUUUUAUUGACCAAGAUUGGGGUUAAUACUUCUUUGAGAUACGCCAUCCAUCUUAUCACUUCUGCAGCAUUGGCCUGCCAAAAGCGCAAAGGGAAGGCUGUUGAAGUGGAAGAUAUUACUCGAGUCUAUAAUCUGUUUUAUGAUGUGAAGAGAUCCACACAGUACUUGAUGGAGUAUCAGAGCCAGUAUAUGUUUAACGAAGUGCCAGCCGGAGAGGCCGAAGAAGAUGAAACUGCUGCAAUGGUGUCCUAAAACCUUCUCGACAUGGGAUUCAGGAGAUUGCAACUUAGCUUUGGCCAAAUACAGAGAAGAAGGGUUCUUGAAUAGCGAUGAUGGAUGUUCAUGUUUUCAAUACUGAGAAACUAGCCUUCAAUGAUGUUUGAUCAAGCUCCAGAUAGAAAUGAAUUUGGUGUUCCUUUAGCUAACUAACAUUGUUCAUGAGCUACACGUUCUUUCUCAUUUUUGCUUCGUCUUUUGAGGGCGCGAGGGCGUUAUUUUAGUUUGUGAAUUGGCUGCCUGUUUUAUGUGUGAUAACCAACUUUGUGGAGCUGCUAUAUUAUGUUCAUGGUUCUUGGUUAA